GGUGAGAGUAUGUUGUUCGCUAAGCAUAUGAUGCGUUCGACCGCUGAAGUUCAGAACUAAGAGGCAGUGUCCUUGCGAUGUGCGUAAUGCCUAUUGAAUAUGAUCAACUGAGCGGACAUGAUCAUCAGUGAGUAAGUCUGAAUUGCAAUUUAGACUACUCCGCCGUCACAGUCAUGUUUGGAAUGAGCGACAGCGACCUGCGUAUGGUAUAGCCAGGGCUAGUCUGUGAUUCCCCUUAUCCACCAUGGCUUUACGUAGCUCCCCUUUUCAGAAGAACAGAUCAGCGCUCGUUCCUGAGACUCCGUCUCGCUUAAGUGGAGUUACAAAGCAAGACUUAAGCGACCAACUCGUGCACGAAUAUGAUGAACAUAAAGCUGAAAGAUGCCGAAGCAAGCCAAAUACAUUUCCGGAGUUGUCUGUUGGUGGUGGGGCACUCUCCAAAACUGAUGAAUAUUCAUCCCUGCCAUCACGGAGGAUCAAGGGCUCUUUAGCCGACACAUUCAUAUGCAUGCCCGAGAACCCGUUUGCAGACGCUGCGCCUUCGGGGGACACCCCUAGUUCUGCUACGCGAGAAGAUCCGAUGCACGAUAUCAUGACAUACUCGCAUGUUGUCACUGCAGAACAUAAGCCCAGAGUCGCCCGCGUGUCGGGUAUCAACGGAGCAUGGCCAGAAAGAGCUGAGAUAGUGAAUCCAAGUCGAGGUUUUCCCGGGCCUACCAUUCGUCGCGGUACAUUUUCACAGGCAAAGGCUUUCUUUCUGAAGUCAAGUGCCAGCGGGGGUUAUUUGCAGGGUGCUAUUUCGCAGCGAACGCGAAGCCAAGACAACCCUAUCAAAGACAAGGACUCAAUAGACUGCCUUAAAGUUGACAUACCUCGUGCUCGAAGUCUGAACGGAGGGAUUAUGUGCGACCCAAACAGUCGGUAACUCCUGUACGUGGUUCGAACUUCAGCAGAGUCAGCAGACUACUGUUAAUUGAGAAUUUCUGCUGGAAGUAGACUAUUUGCAAAAGAUAAGCCAUACACCGUAACACAUGUAAUAAAUUAAGGCUUGCUCGACUCGAGUAUCGUACCGCUGGAUGAUAUAGAAAGAUUGGGUAGGCACUGCAUAACUAGUAGUACCCUGGCCGGUAGACUGAACGAUAUGAAUCUGGAAAUGUUAAAAGAAAUUUUUUACCAGGUAGCUCAGAGAUUGGGCCGCAGUCGUUCCUGUACAAAUUGGAAUCAAGAAGAAUUCCACGUUCCCCAUAUCUACGGGGAACUAUGUGAC